AUGGCUAGAUCAUCUCCUCUUGGUCUGUGUCUUUUUGCUGUCGUAUUCACGAUCAGCGCAGCCCUGAAACAUAAGGGUGCCAUGGAGCAAAUUCUUGAAGCCAACAUGAAUCCAGGUCAGUGGUCGGUACUGUUUAUUAUUAUUUUUUAAAUAUUCCACUAUCUUGCCACAGCACAAUAUAAUUAAUUGUUCUACCAUUGUCUUAAGGGUAGCACAGGAAAGUAUCACAGGAAAAUAAAGCUCAAUAGCUUUCGUUUGAGUCGCCAUCCCUAGGCUCAAACUCGGAACUUGGAACCACACUGAACAGCACAGUAAACAGUACGACGAAAUAGUACUCACCAAAGGCUUUCACUUGAAUGGUUAUACCUUAGGAUUCCAUCCAGAGUCAAAAGUACCACCUUGUUCAGCAUAAUGAGCAUCACCACUGGAAAGUACUGCUUAGUAGCUUUCAUUUGAAUGGUCACACUAUAGGAUUUAAUCCACAGACUCAAAAGUUAGAACCACCUUGUACAGCAUAAUAAACAGUACCACAGGAAAGUAAUGCUCAGUAGCUUUCAUUUGAGCGGUCACACUUUAGGAUUACAUCCACAGACUCAAAAGUUAGAACCACCUUGUACAACAUAAUAAACAGUACCACAGGAAAGUACUGUUCAGUAGCUUUCAUUUGAGCGGUCACACUUUAGGAUUACAUCCACAGACUCAAAAGUUAGAACCACCUUGUACAGCAUAAUAAACAGUACCACAGGAACGUACUGUUCAGUAGCUUUCAUUUGAGUGGUCACACUUUAGGAUUUAAAACACAGACUCAAAAGUUAGAACCACCUUGUACAGCAUAAUAAACAGUACCACAGGAAAGUACUGUUCAGUAGCUUUCAUUUGAGUGGUCACACUUUAGGAUUUAAACCACAGACUCAAAAGUUAGAACCACCUUGUACAGCAUAAUAAACAGUACCACAGGAAAGUACUGUUCAGUAGCUUUCAUUUGAGUGGUCACACUUUAGGAUUUAAACCACAGACUCAAAAGUUAGAACCACCUUGUACAGCAUAAUAAACAGUACCACAGGAAAGUACUGUUCAGUAGCUUUCAUUUGAGUGGUCACACUUUAGGAUUUAAACCACAGACUCAAAAGUUAGAACCACCUUGUACAGCAUAAUAAACAGUACCACAGGAAAGUACUGUUCAGUAGCUUUCAUUUGAGUGGUCACACUUUAGGAUUUAAACCACAGACUCAAAAGUUAGAACCACCUUGUACAGCAUAAUAAACAGUACCACAGGAAAGUACUGUUCAGUAGCUUUCAUUUGAGUGGUCACACUUUAGGAUUUAAACCACAGACUCAAAAGUUAGAACCACCUUGUACAGCAUAAUAAACAGUACCACAGGAAAGUACUGCUCAGUAGCUUUCAUUUGAGUGGUCACACUUUAGGAUUUAAACCACAGACUCAAAAGUUAGAACCACCUUGUACAGCAUAAUAAACAGUACCACAGCAAAGUACUGCUCACUAGCUUUUUUAUUUUAAUGGUCACACUUAAGGAUUCCAUCCAUAGACUCAAAAGUUAGAACCACCUUUCACAGCACAAUAAACAGUACGACAGGAAAGUACCACUCCGUUGCUUUCAUUUGAAUUGGUUACACUUUAGAAUUCAAUCGAAAGCAAGGCUCAAACGCAAUGACUCCGCAAUAACCCUGACCCCAUCCUUGGUUUCUACUAGCCUUAUUUCAACGAUGGUGGCCCUAUAUAUAUUGACUCCCUUUACAGAUCCGCAUCAAAGUGCUCCAGGAAAACAUUUGUCCUUUUAUCAGGGAGACAUCAGACUGUCAAAGAAACAAGCUGAGAAUCUUAAGAAAUAUGGGGACCCGUCGAAAAAUUCGGCCAACUCUCGCGCGGCGAGCAGCGUGGAAAGUGAGCGGUGGCCAAACGCUGUCAUUCCUUACACAUUUGACUGCUCAGUAGGUAAGGCAAAGAGAAAAAUGUAAUUAUUAUCAUACAUUUUUCAGCCAAACCACUUUAAUACGGACACUGAGGAAGCCAUAGAAAGUGUCCGUAUUAACCAGGUGUCCAUGUUGAGCUGGUUGAAUUUAGAGAAAAUGUAAGGUCUACAGUUAGCCCACAGUUAAAGGAGCUGUGUCACGAAAUUCAGCCGAAUCAGGAACUUACAAAAUGCCCGUUAAAUUAAGAGAAACAUAUAAAUAACCGCUUAAAACUUUAAAGGAAGGUUAAAAUAACAUAACAGAAACAACAGAUGCCACGAAUGGGCAAAACUGAAGAAGAUUGAAACGAAUUGAAAUUAGGGUUUUUGAAAACUGUUCAGCCUAACAGUUUUCAAAGUUGAUCCCUGCUGCUUGCAACUUUAAAACUAAUGCUCAGGAGACAUAUUUGUUUGUCUCGGAUCUCUGAUUUUGUCAUUUACAUGUAAUUUCUUUGCUUACUUUAAGUUCCAUAGCGACAGAGGGCGAGUAAUUGGCAAACUUAAACACAAUGAACUGGACUACCGUGACACAGCCCCCUUAAUUUUGGAAAUCAGUGAGGAAAUCGGUGUGUUUGUCGUUAUUUUCUUCAGAACAAUAAAUGACAAAACAAUUGUUAGACGCAGCUUUUGAUUAUUCCGGUUAUAACUACUCAACGAAAUAUGGCGUUUCCAAUUAGCGGAUAAUGGGCUGCAGAUUGGGACUAGAGGUUAGGCAGAAAGACGCUAAAAGCUGUAUGCCCAAUCAAAUUCAAUCCGUUGAUUGACUUUUUUCAAUUUUAGAAAACAUGGAAAGCGCUGUUCGUUCCGUCCUGAAUGCCAUGAAGCAGUGGGAGAGAAAAACGUGUCUGAGAUUUGUGCCAAGGACCAAUGAGAAAGCUUACUUGGAAUUCUUUAAAGACCAAGGGUAAGUUGGUGAUACAGUGAUAAUAAAACCUCGGUAGUUUCUCGAUGUUGCGGACAGCUGCAGUAACCAAAUGAUACUCGACAAUAUCCGCAUCAAAAAAUAAAAGCGUACCAGUAAUGGUUUCCGCAACAGCAAGAAACACUUAAAACCCCGGACAAGGAAUCAUUAGCCUGCGAGCAAACUCUCCGAGGUGCUCUGGCGUCGGGGAGGGAAAGGAAGGAGAGCUUUGAGCUACGUUAUACGUCUCUGGAAUAUUUGAAUUCCGCCUUCAAUUCCCCUGUGGCUCCCCGACAACUGAGGCAUCAGGAAUUUUUAGACCUUUAUCAGCGAAUAGACACACUUACUCUUAAGGUGAUUCCAUAGUAAAAGAACCUAACAUAGAUUAUAGCUGAAACUAGGUACACUGAUGAAACAAGUCAAGAAGAUGAUAAAAAAGUAAUAAAAAUUGGGGGUCACCGGGCUCGUUUUGACGUCACAAUGCUGACAAAUACGGCUAUUUAGGACCCUUUUACAAAAACCGCGGGUAGCCCAAAACUAGACAAAAAGGAGAGAUUUUUUCGAUGAUUCAUGUUGCAUCACACAAAAUUUGACUUUAAUGUAUUGUUUAUCCACUUACGUACCAGAAAAAUGCCUUUUAAUGCCCUUGUUUUUACUUUACGCUCCAAAGUAAAAUUAAAUUGGACGCGCGCUUUUCGACCCGUGAUGGCUCAAUCCGUACAAUUUAGUAAAAUUGCCAAAAAACUGAACAUACAUUUGUGCCAAUUUUUUUCUCAUCGAAAGAAAGCACCUUCCUUAUUAAAAUCAUGAAAUUAUAAAAUGGGGGUCACCGCACUCGUUUUUGCGGUAGAGCUGCAGAAAGUGCGCACCAAAUGCAUUUUCUCCGAUUUUUGAGAGAGGACUGGGGCGAGUUUCAAAAUAGAAUGUAUGUGAAAGGGGGAAGAAAGCAUUAAAAAAUCCGUUUUUACAGAAUUUACAUCGAGAUGUUACAUUUAGGACACAAUGUGAUAAAAAAGUGUUUAAAUGAAAAUCAAAGUGAGUAAGGACAAGUUAAACAUCAACUAUCGAGGUUCUCCGAGAGGAGAUCGAACUGAGCAACACGCGUACUGCUUACGUUAUGCGCAUUCCCAACACAUUGAGUCUCACCUCGGCAAGAAACAAUAGCAAGCAAAAAUUCCAAUAGCGUUUCUCUUCAGUCAACUUCAUUUUAAUAAUGUUACUUCACAUGCUCUUUUUUACGGCGGCCAUCUUGUUAUGCGCAGUAAGAGAUGCGCAGUGCAAAACUAGGGAAUCACCUUAAAUGACAAUUCUCAUGUCGCACACAUUAACUUUCCCUGCACUUAACCACACACACCCGCAAUGGGCUACUUGCACGAUGACGUCAUUUUACUACUAAGACCAGAAUCCUUCAGUGUUUUUCUUUCUUUUGCAAAUUAGGGCUUUUGUUAUUUAAACCACACUGAGAUUAAAUAUAAAAAGAAAAACGAAAAUGAUAAUGGUUGUAGUAGUAAACUGACGUCAUCGUACAAAUGGCCCGUUGUUUCACAGUUGCUGGGGUCAUGUGGGGCAUCAAGGCUACAAGACCCAGAUCUCCAUCGGCAGCGACUGUGAUUUUACCCACGUAAUGGUGCACGAGAUUGGACAUUCAGUUGGAUUCUGGCACGAGCAGAGCAGGCCGGACCGUGACAGUUAUAUCACUGUCCUAUGGGAGAACGUGCUGCCAGGUAAGAUUGCGUUAUUUUCGUUUACUAUUGUGAUCAAGUUUUUACUUCUUAACAUUACUAAUAUGACGUUGUGUUUCAUGCCCUUUUAAAUGUAUUUAGAUUUCAUCAUGAACAAAGCUUUCUUUUUUAACUGGAGGAAACUUUAUAAAACUAUAAAAAAGUUAGCAGUACUGCGUUAAGCUCAUCCAGAUGUUGUUACUCUUAACCUUCACAGCGGUCAAACGAGUGAAAUUUGCAAAAGUUAAGCGAAAUACUUCAAAGUUAAGGUUGCUACUUUCACUAUCGAAAGUUUAGGGUAUUACCAACAUCCUGUUAGUUUACUAAAAUUUUUAAAAGUUUACUAAAAAAGUUCUAAGUGAUUGAAAACCGAUGCUGACGUUAUUAUCGGCGCCAUUUUCAAACAUGAUUCUCUUUUAGCGGGAAGCGUUUUCAGCGAAAAAAACUCAAAAUUUUGAGAAAAAUGGAAAGAGAGUUAUGUUGACUAACUGAUUUAUACAUCUUUGCCCAUUUUUCUCUAACUGAUAAAUGAAAUCCCAGCAAUAAAAAACAAAAAUAACGAUUUAGACGUUUGACCGCGGUGGUCUCUUAACCUUACUCUCCCACGCCCUUCUCACCUUUCAGGUUUGGAAGAUGCCUUUGCUAAAAGGAAAUGGGGCACUGAGGUGGUGGACUAUGGAGUUCCUUAUGAUUUUGAGUCCAUCAUGCACUACCCUUUCACCGCUUUUUCUAAAAAUGGCAAACCUACAAUCAGUAAUAAAGUGCCUAUGAAUGGAAAGGUCCCGUAUGUGGAGUUAAGCGAUGGAGACGCGCAGCAGACAAAUGCGAUGUACAAAUGUAACGGUAAGGUUUUGCAUUACAUAGCGUCGUCUCCAGGCAAAUUCGCGCUAUCCGAGUGAGUGGAGGAGGCCUAGAACUGAUCGAGCACAAAAGUCUGGCGAUAGUUUAUAUGCGAACAAGCUUGACGAGUGGCGUCACAUUCAAACUCGCCGAGGAGGACUGUUGACGAGGCUAUCAUUAUCUGUUCCAAAAACAAUGCCCAGGCGGAAAAUCUGGACCAUUAUUCGUUUCCGGGAAACUGCCCAACUAUCCCUCCCCUAAGCCAACAUUUGCCCUAAGGGAGGAGGGAGUGUUAAUGUUGGCUUAGGGGAGGGGUAAGUGGGCAGUUUCCCAGAAACGUAUAAUGAAAAUCUCUGUUUCAUUUUACCAUCCAUACAUCCCAUAAGCCUCUUGCGUAUUUUUCAACGAGCAUGUUUUUGAGGGACUGGAAGAAUAUACAAUACUUGGAGAUCGGGUGGGUUGUAUUAAAUGGAACAGCCCUCAGUAAAGAAAAUGACCAAAUGUCUUUAAGUUAGGGGCAAAAUACCUUUGGUCGUAACAAAGAUGUAUUUUAUAGUGGGUUGCUUGUAAAGUUGGGUACCGCCGUACCACUGGGAACUACUAGACUGUUUUAUUCUGAUCGUUUUUUUCCCACGGCAAUGGUAAAGACUCCUUUAGCUUCAGAAGACUCAUAUAACAUCUCAAUUCAGAGAUCAAAAGUUAUCUGGAAAAUUUCUAAUUUGUUCUGGAAUGUCUUUAGUUGUGAUGAGGAAAAGAGCCAUAGAUGACUUCAGCACCUUCAAGCCAGUUCCACGUAUUCAAAAGCGAAGUAAGUGUUUUCACUUGCUUAUUUUUUUCAGAGUGGCAAACGCAUCACGCCGAUUUUUUAAGCUACACGCAUCACGGAAAAAUCAAAGAAAAUAUUAACUACUUUAACAAGUAUCCUAUUGUCAUUUGAUCUGAGGAAAUCAGGGAUCGAGGAAAGAGGAAAAAGGGCAGUAAUUUGGGCCCGAUCACGCGUCACGGAAAACCUAUUUGCCACCCUGUUUUUUGAGUUAGCAGGUUGUUAAUUUAGGGCUGUUGAAUUUCAAAUGGAAGAAUCGAAGGUAAUGAGAUGGUUGUUAAAAAUGCAUGAUCAAGACCGGCGAUCAUAUGGAAACGCCCGUUUACUUGAUGCUGGACGAACCAGACGUUUGGGUCGGAUCAUAAAGUGAUCGUUGCUUCGAGUGAUCGAAAUAGUUUGGGUAAACCUGAAGUAUAUAUUUACGCCAGUUUUCUUAAAAUCAGGUACUCUCUCGAUCUUUCCAGUCGUUUGAAAAAAUCAAGGCGAUAAAGACGUACCGGAUGAUUAUAGGGAAACCGGUCUGAAAAACUUUAUCCAAGUGGCUGUUGUGAAGAGUUUUUACUGUAACCUGGGUGGUUGAGUUCACCCAAACCUUGCCAGUGAUGUAAAAGGUAUUCUCAGUGGCUAGAGAGAAAAUCAGCCUUAUUGAGCUGUCAUUAAGGUCAACACAGUUCUUGAAUAGAACCCACAGGGAAAGCAAAAGAGAGGGAGAUUCAGAUACCCUUGGUAGGAUGUUAGAAAUUAUGGAGAAAGGGCUUAAGAGGCGAGGGGCAAAAAUCUGUAAAUCACUGCUCAAACUACAGUCAGAUGAUGAGCAUAAGUGGCGGGCCAGUGUUCCGUCGGGAACGAAGAGGACUGAUGGACAGACUGGUGAUGAUGAUGAUGAUGAUGAUGAUGAUGAUGAUGAUGAUGAUGAUGAUGAUGAUGAUGAUGAUGAUGACGACGACGACGAUGAUGAUGAAGAUGAUGGUGAUAACGACGACGGCGGUGAAGAAAAUGAUGAUGAUAAUCACGGUGAUGAUGAUGAUGAUGACGAUGACGAUGACGAUGACGAUGAUGAUGACGAUGAUGAUGACGAUGAUGAUGAUGAUGAUGAUGAUGGUGGCGGUGAACAAAAUUUGAAUUUUCAGCAUUGUGUAUUACAGUAGAACCCCGGUAACUCGAACUCUGAAGGGAAACGAAAAACAGUUCGAGUUAUUGCGGAAUUCGAGUUAUCAGGGUAAAUUUCAGUGAAAUUGUGAUCAAGGGAAAGGAAAUUUAGUUCGAGUUAUCGAGGAUCUACUGUAUAUGUACUCAAGUUUCAUGUACUAAAGUUUUAACUGCCUUCACCAGGUUCUGGCCUGUGCAAAGAUGACGCCCCUACGCAAAACUGCCAAGAAUGGAAGAAAUUCAAUUACUGUUCCGAUAGGCCCGACGACAUGUACACCUGGUGCAAAGUUACUUGCAAUUUCUGUAGCAGCGGUGAGUGCGCACAAAUUUUGCAAUUAAACUGAAUGACUUUGGCAUGUGGAUGCAAAGUCGCGGGUAAAUUUCCCCUUAAAUAAACUACAUGGUGGAAAGUCUUGUGUAAUCGCUGCAGCAGCGGGAAAGUAUGGUAGGUAGCUUCCAUAAUGAAAAAGAUAACGACUUCGUUGACGCAUACCUCGGGGGGGGGGGGGGGGGGGGGGGGCACUCACAAAAACCUUUAUAAGGGUGGUGGCGCAGACGACCCCACAGUCCUAACCAUUUUACCAAGAAACAUUGCUUAGCGUUCCCUAUCCUAAUAAGUUAUAUUAUGUUGGUGGGGGGGGGGCGAUAACAAAUUUAUAUAAAAAUAAUAUUGCAUGGGUGUAGGAGGGGAAGAAAAGCGGGAGUUUAAUCUCACAAAAAAAAAAUUGUGGGGGGGAGUUGUUUUUUAGCCGAGGGGGAAAGGGGGGAAAAGGUUGUGGUGUCAAAAAAAAAAAAAAAAAAUCCCUUGGUCGCGGGGGGGGGGGGGGGGGGGGGGGGGGGGGGGGGGGCACUUACAGGAAACUUUAUAAGAGGUGUGCCGCAGAGGCCUUCAAAGUCUUAACCUAUUUCACACGAAAUCGUUCAUUUACCUGCCCUGUAUCUAAGACAACAGACCUUAUUUCAUGACCCUGAUUCAUUUUGCCUUGCUAACGAAAAUUGACGUAAUUUUUGAAACUAGCAUCAUGAAAUCCGGUUACUUUUUUCAAGAAAAAUGUCGGUACCACUCAAAUAUAGACUGUUUAAGGCGCUGAACCAACCUUUACAGGCUUUCGGUCCAAAAAGGACACCCUGUUCCCUCCUUUGCAAAGUUCCAGGGCCAUUCCAUUUAAUGGCCACCAACCCCCCACCCCCAUGGAUGAGGUAGUUUACUUUUUCCCCGUAAGAAAAAAAAAAAGAUCAAAAGUACCGACACAGCCCCGCCCCCAGUCCUUUUUUUCUUCUUCCCUCUUCGAAAAAGGGAAUUUUUUGGCAGAAAUAUUUCUGAAAUCAAAGGGUGCCGACAGUGCCACCCCCUCAGAAAUAACUUCAGUCUAGGCGGUGACCACCUGAGCUCGGAAAAUCUCAUCCAAAGUGGGGUGUGGAUAUUAAAUGGCAUGGCCGUUGUUAAGUUGAGAUUUCAAUAUUGCUAAUCAUGUUGCCAUCGCUUAUUAGCGUUUUUGUGCAAACUCUCCAAAGCGCGUGGCAAACUUCUGCAAAAGAAAAAACGUUUUACGAUAGGGAUACAAAUAUAUUCUUCAUUUACCCUAGAUUCUUGCAUGGAUAAGAACGGUAACUGCCCUGCAUGGAAGCAGUAUGGACAUUGCCAGAACAGCCCAGAUAUCAUGAAAGAGCAUUGUCCGUACUCCUGCAACUUCUGUAAUGGUAAGUGAAUCUGUUAUUAUAGUUAACUAUAACUUUCAUUAAGUGGUUUAAGCAGCGACGCAUGUCAACCGGAAGUGGACGUUUUGCACUCUUGAGCAGUGAUUUUGGUUUAUUUUUUUUUGCCAGUUCGUCUCUAUUAAAGUAAAGACAUUUAGCAAAACAAAUUUGCAAGCGUCAAGAAAUAUUUUAAGGGAAAAAGGCUCACUUCCGGCUCACUUCCAUCGCUCAAAGAAGUUGCUGCUUAAUCUCCCUAGUAUUAAUUCAAAACUAUUCUGGUUUCUUAUUGUUUUACUCCCAGCCUACCUUUUAUUUCAUGACAAUGCUCAAAACUGAAUGUUUUCCUGGCAUCAUCCAAUUAAAGAAAAAAAAUAUUGGGUGAAUGACGUCAAUUUUCAAACAACAGAUUAUUGCAUAGUUGACGUCAUACAAACCCAGUGACGUGGUGCUUUAAAGCUUUUAACACUUGGCGAACUCGAAAUAGUAGAAAAAAGGAAGAAAGGUAUGCAGAAUAUGAACUAUAGCAAAAAGAAGCCUAUCAAAGUAGUUAAAGAUCGUGUGAUUGCUUUUGCAGCUCCACCAACUGAUCGUCCGACACCCCCUCCCCCUCAGACGACAACUAAGCCCUCUCCGCCUACACCAUCCACCCAGCCACCGAAACCUCCUACAGGCACAGGGUCACCAACUGUAGUACCACCAACUUCCAGUCCAGCGGGAGCAACAGGUAUGCAGAUCAAUAGUCCUUAGCAGGGGGAUACAUAAAUACGAAAAAAAUGUGCUCUAUCUCAUUCUGUACUGGACAAAAUCUCUUUAUUAUAUAAACACCAGUGAGAUACCAGGUGAGCUUUCUCGCGAAAACUUGAUAUCUUCACAUGUGAAAAUAUCACCGUUGCUAUGGCUACAUAAUAAAUCGCGCCUUUCACACCAAAAAACUAUUAAAGUGAAAUGGUCUGGUAUUUCAUUGGUGUUUAUAUAGUAAAUAGAACAUUACAUAGCCACUAAGAGAUACGAAAUUUCUCUUCGAGUGUUGAAAAAAUAUUUCACUCGUUCGCUGCGCUCACUCGUGAAAUAUUUUUCAACACUCGAAGAGAAAUUUCGUAACUCCGUGCGGCCAUGUAAUAUACGCUAUAUGUCUUAUUUCCAGAAAUACGUGUAUCGCAGAAUCUCACGAGGCUCUUGGGAGGUUGCCGGUAAAGUGUUUAGGAUGGGAGGGGGGAUGGGGUAGAAGAUGUAAUUGGUGAGAACGAGUUUCACAAAUAUUUGAUUUCUAGUUAUUCUUUAGAGUCCUUGUUACUACUUCGGACAAUGCGUCCUGAAAUUAUUUUGAGGACUUCCAGUUACAUAAGGAAUUAGACUUUCCGACUGCGUAUCUCCAGAAAUCAAUUACUUACUUAUACCACAGAAUUUGAGUUAAGCUCCUGCUUUGGAGUGGGUGUGUUGAUGCCCUUGAGUCCCAGCGUUUCCUGUACUUAUAAUGCUUGACAAUGCUGUUGUUACAAUUUUGCCCUUAUGUGUUGCAGGUCUUCGUUGCGUUGACAAGACUGGAGGCUGCUCAGAUUAUUCUGCUGAUGACUGCGCUAAUUCAGGCUGGGUCCUGAGACAUUGCCGCAAGUCAUGCGACGCCAAAUGUGACAAAGCACCUCUCAAACCUCAAGGUUUGUCAUUGUACAGUUGUUGUCAGUGAUAACUACACACUCUGUGUAAUGCAAGCACAAACAAAACUUGUGGAGUUUCGUCCUGUGAGGCAUUAGAAAGCUUUAGAUUCUGAGACGAGAACGACCACGAGUACGAGAUUUUCUUAAUACUGAGUAUUGCAAGCGCGUGAACCAGCAUCAUUUGGCGGGAAAACGUGGUAGCCAUUGUCAUUCUACUACCAGUUUUAACGAGUAUUUUUUUAUCAUUUUGCUAUCGAGAGAGGGCUGAACCUCCUUCAGUAUAAAUAACCGUAUUAACUUUUUUGUUGAAAGAAAAGUAAAAUGAGAGGCUUUCCAAGGAACACACGCAAAAAACUUUAAGUUAUAUCUCGUACUCGUGGUCGUUCUCGUCCUCAAAUCUAAAGCUCUCUAUUGAUGGUGUUUCGUCACCCAAAUCGAGUGAGGACAACAUGUCACGCGUCAGAUACUAUAUCAAUACAAUUUUCAGUCAUCUAAACAUCUUAGACUCGCGCCUACAGAGUUGACUUCCCUUUAAUUUUGGAGCACUUGAAGAAAAUUGCGUUCAGUAUUCUCCAAUUACCAUGAAAUGUUUCUUAUUGAUAACGUAAAAGCAAUCCUUUAAGGAGCAAUUUUUGACAACUUGAGCUGUUUUUAUUUUGUUCAGUUGGUACAUCAAAAUCUGCUUUUUCUUCAGGAUCAUGCGCAGAACCACUUGGUCUUGGCUGGGAUAACAAGCUUCCCGACAGCGCUUUCACCGCAUCUUCAGAGCUUUCUCCUGGUGAGUUUAUACACCCUGAGGACUGGUUAUCAAUGCAACUAGUGAAAUAAAUAUUGGCUUGCAAUGCAACCAUUGUAAAUAAAAAAAAACGAGCCUAUUUUAGAGUAUUUUAGCAUUCAGUCGUUGUUUAUCUCGUCUCUAGUUCAUGUUUUUUUUUAAUCUGAUCUAAUUCUAAGUUAAUGUUGCGUAUUUUGUCGCUAUUUUAGUUGAAAACCUAAUAGUGAAUCAAUUUAUGUACUAUUUUCUGCGCAUCAUUGGCCGUAUUUAUGCAAGAGACGUUAAGGUCGUCAAGAUGCAUUUAACGUCUAAGACGUUAAAGAACGAGUGGUGUAAAAACGGGACGUUUAAAAGCAGACGACAGCAGUGAAAAAAAGGAUUUUUCUAAAAAAAAAAAUAAGACAAAACACUGACUCUUCCCGGUCAAUUCUGGGCGAGUUGCGUCCCAGUUUACGGUGUCCCAUUUUUAUACUACAUGCAUACACCGUCUGAGACGCUAAAGUCGUCUGUUAAGUGCGUCUGAACAACGCACUUAAAUGAAGACGUUAAAGUGGUCUGUCUUCUUUACCCUUUUUUUUACUAGACGGAAAAGUCGUCCUAAGACGUCGACGCUUAUUUCCCUUUCGUAAACGUUCUUUGCCAUUUUUGACGGUCGAUGCCACCAUUGGUAACCAACAAGUCUUUGGUCAUGAUGGAUGUAAUAUAUUCCCUGGAUUAAGUUACAAAAAGGCAAAAUAUGCGUUUUCGGAUAGCGUUAGAAAGAACAACGUUGGAGCCCAAGUUGAAUUUUCGUUAAAAUUUACGAAAAGGGCGAGGGUACCUGUUAUUGAUGUAACAGUUAAGAAAGACUUAAAUUACUUACUUACUUAUUACUUACUUAAAUUUUUCGGAAUUUUGGCGGGACGGUGCGGUAGUGUAGUGAUAAGGGAGAGAGAUUAUGAUACGAAGGGUCUGGGUUCGAGGCCUGGUUUGACCCUGGGUUGCCAUUUUCUUUCUUUUUCAUACAAAAACUCUCAAUAACAGGUCAAAAAUAUUUUUAAGUGUCGUAAAAAUGGCAGCGACCGUUUACCAAAGAGACAACUGCGACGUGGACUUUAACGUCUCAGUAGACAUUACAGCGAUUUUCGUAUGACCUUGAAAAAUGGUUUCUGCAAGGCCUGGUUCAGACACUGCACUUUUCAUGUGCCGAACCUAACUGAAUAAGUUCGACUUUGGAGCGACACUGGCGCGACAUCUGAUUCAGACGGCGUACCGUGUGUCGAACCUAAGUUAAGUUCGACAAAAGUUCGACAGACUCUGUCGAACUUAACGCUUUUGCUGCACCAAACUAAAACUGCCGUACCAAAUUGAUUCAGACGCCGCUCUUUUGCCAUGCUUAAUUCAUCAGUUAGGUUCGCCACAUGAGUGGAGCGGCGUCUGAACUGGGCCUUAAAGUGUUCGUUGUUUGUUUUAUCAGCCAAUGGAUGAAAAGAUUAAAACAUGGCCUCUUCGUUUUUCCGCCAAAGAAAACACUAAUAAGAGAAGGCAUUGUUCGAUUGACCAAUCGUGUUCCCGUAUGACAUCAAAGCGAAGUAUCGGUUGAUGUCUAGAAAGUUCUCGAGCAUGAAGUUUUCUUAUCCGAGCGUUCGCUUAACCAACCAAAAGCCACGAGCGUUUGUAUCCGUUCGAUAAUCCAAUCAAAUCGCUCUGUUUCCGUUCGUUUGUUGUUUCUGUCUUGUUCGCUCGUUCUCAUUACAAGAUUACACGAAAAUCUCGCUACUGUCUGUUGCAUGAAAACAGCCAUUCUUUAUUAGAUCUUUUCUUAUUUCAUCACGCUAGCUGUAUGUUGUGCUUUGCAGGUGGUGAUUGGUGGGCGUUGGCCAGUAACGCACGUCUUUAUUUUGAAGACGACUAUAGUAGCAAGCGCAUUGGCAGUUGGUGUGCAGUGGAUAGAAACCCGCAGUGGCUGAAAAUUGACUUGGGCCAGAUGAAAACCAUUACCGGAAUCGCCACCCAAGGUUAUAAACUAAAAGUCAUAUUACACUGUACACAUACACUGUAAAUCAGAAAGAUUCGUUUUAGCCCUAAACGUGGGGCCGUUUCGGUGAGUCCAGUAGUCCUAUUUUUGGGUCUAAUUUGGCUUCCUUACUGCCCUUUUCAUAAACACGCGAACUCUGAAGUUCAAAAACCAACUGACGUUUGCGUUUUUCGCUGCCGUCAGUCAUCUUAACGGACCUCUUAGGAAACAGAGCUUUGCUUAAACGGGUUCAAAAGGUCAAGGUUUGUGAUCUGUGACUGGUGGAUUUGGAUCCGUUUUGUGUGUUUCUGUGUUUCAAGGUUCAUUGCUUGUGAUUGUAAUUAUGAUUGACCGUAGCGAAAAACGCAACUGUGAAGGCGGCUUUUGUGUGUUUGUGAAAAGCACAGUAAUCAGGCCAAUGCAGUCUUAUUACCUAGGGCUGAUUUGGGCCCACAGGCUAAAGUGAGUCCCAGCGUGGAAGGGAACAGCUGUGACGGGGCUUUUUUUGGCGUAAACUGUGCUCAUGGCUCCAGGAGAGACUGAAUCAGACUUUGGCCUGCAGGGCUGAAAUGAAACGUUUGGGCGGGUGAAAAAGAUCUUUUUAAUUUACAGUGUAGUGUAGCCUUGUGUUUCUCGCAAAAGUAAACUUCAGGACCUUGUGAAUGUCCGAUCAUCCCUGAGCUUAGUCGGAAAUCUCGGCAUUAACAGCAUAUAAGGAACGUUAAGCAAGCAUUUUUGUAUAGCCCAUCAUUUCCUCUCAGUUCAUGGCACUUUAUUUUACAAUAUAAAGGAGGUGUUGGUGGGAGACUUCAAUCACGUUACAUGUUUAGGGUAGUCCCUGUACGGCGUCUUUCCAGGCCCUCUCGAUCAAUGCAUUUCGGUGACGUAUCCGAGACGAAUGGUCGGGAGACACCUAGACAAUCUCGGAGUGCGCAUGCGAGAGCAUUUUUGAAAAGUUCACACGGUCAACUGAAAUAAUCUAUAAAUAACUUCACGCGUAAAUAUCCUUCGCUAAAGAUCGGCACUAUUGACACUAUUAAUAUUACAAAAGUAACUAACCUAGUUCGUGUUAUAAAAGAACAAAAAUAUUACUUUGAAUCGGAAAGAAUACUACUGUAUAACGUGCAAGUAAUUUCUCUUUUAGUCCAUCUUCAAAUGAAUCAUUAAAAUGAUAGUCUUUAUUGAUAAAAAGAUUUGAAACAGCAGUUUGUUUACAUUCUACCAAAUUUAGAGACCAAAUUCAACAGCCUGUCCGAUUAGUUUGAUAAGCUUCCAAAUCCAAAAAUUAAAUUACAGAAAGUAUUUCGAAGUGAAAUGAUAACGAGAAAUUUAUAGGAGCAAGCGAAAAUAGAGAAACGAAAGAUAGCGUGUCAUAUCGAAGAAUAAAUAUAAACUUAUUUCUUUAGUUUACCAUCCGAUUCUUGUUCAAAUUAGUUUAAUGAGAUAAAUGAAAAAGAAAGGCCAAACGACUUUCAACAAUGAAAACGUGCAUAGAAUAAAAAUGCUCGUUCCUCUGUACUCUCCAUGGCUGCUGGACAUCUUUCAUCAGCGCCGAAAAGUUAUUGACAGCUCGCCCGCUUCCAAAAGCUCCGCCCCAAGUGAGACAAAAUGUCUCACUUCUCCGAGUUUGUCUAGGCCUCAAAAACUUUGUCGGACCACGUGACCCGAAACGCAUCGGCCUCGCAUAAUAAUAAGGCCUAGGGACUAGGCAACCUUCAACGAAGAACGACUUGAAUUUCUGUGCAGUAACUUCAGUGGACUGUAGUUGUUGAUGAAUCAGUGACUUGAAUCUAGUAUAGUAUAUUGUACAUUUUUGAAUUUUUAAAAUUAUGACAGUACUCGGAAGGAUACACUGGCCAUACAGUUACCUAUAUUAUUAUAUACAUCGGCUAAUUUACAGUAGACUAGUGUAGCGAGGAAGUAAGUGCGAAAACCAGAGUACUUAUUCUCAUGGUUUACUCUAUCAGAUUUGCGGUAGUCUUUGUCCUUUAGAGCAGGAAGAUAUCAUACAUGCACAAUUAUGUCCACAGUAUUUCUUUGUAAUUAACUUAUUCUUUUCCUAGGACGUGAUGUGUUUACCGAACAUGUCGCGAACUACGAGCUUGCCUUCAGUACCGACGGUAGAACGUGGAAGAACUACGAGGAAAAUGGACGAUCAAGGGUAAGAUUAAGCUGGUACAAGGAACUAAACAUUAUAUGGGCUUAGUGUCUUUUAAAACAAAAUAAUAUUUUACCCUGUCUCAGGCUUUCCUCCCCGUUACAAAGUUGAAAAUCACUCGAGCUUAAGCUUUGCAAAAUUUAAGCGAACCUUUUAAUCAGCAAGCGAGGGGUUUAUACUGUCGAUACUAAUGAGAAAAUCGGAGAAGUUCCAAGGAUUUUUAGCUGAUGUUGUUGCUAUCAUUCACGGUUAGAUUGUACUUAAGCUUUAACGUAUUUUCUUAUCUAGGUAUUUGACGGUAACUGUGACAACUUCACACCGGUUUUAAACAGGUUUAAUCCGGUUCAAGCUCGUUAUGUGAAAGUGCUGCCCCAUGAUAAUCCUUCAUCGUGGGUGUGUAUGAGGGUUGAGCUGUAUGGUUGUGACGCUUGA